AUGAUCAGCCUCAUCACAGCUUGUGUUAUUGGUUUCCUUGCGGCGUGCGCGACAUCAACCCUUGGCAGUGGCCACUCACAAGCGCGACUCGGCGUAGAUACCGUUCAGCCUGCAAAUCUUCCCGGCGGCGAUGAGGGUGAGAAGAGCCCGAUCCGCCUCAACUUCUCUUCGCCGGCUCCCCACAUCUUCCACUCUACCUUUUCGCUUCUGAAACAAGUCCCAAACACAGUCUUUCCCAAUGGACACACCCUUGCUUCCGUGGUCAUUCCACCCUUGACCCUCUUCUACCACGCCCGCCGCGACGCAGAGGCGCCCGCGUCUCCCGAAUGGGUCGCCUUCGACUCUGACAUGAGUUAUGGCAUCAUGGGUGGUCACCGAAAUGUCUGGAUGUGGACAUAUCAGACCGCUCGGCCUGUCAAGGCACUCUACUUUGAUGGCGAGAGCGGCAAUCUUGAAGGGCUUGGCCAGUUCGACUUCCAGAUGCUGCUUCUGUAUGGCAACGUGACUGGGCCUUCUGGCAUUGACGACAUUGGCCUUGAGUACGAGCGUGCGAGAGGUUUGUGCGACUGGCUUGCUGCAGCAGGACUCCGAGGCUCGGGAUGGGGCUAUGAGGGCGUGGUUAGGAUGAACGCCGGCUUCGAGAUGAUAUGGUGCGACUUCUUGAGCGAUAGCCUCAGAUUGAUUAGCAGAAUCAAUGUGACGGCUCCACUUCUUCCAAAGGAAGAUCGCGACAGCGAUGGUGACGAAGAACGUCAGCCUGCGCCUCCGAGCUUGGCCGGAGGUGAGGUCUCUGGUGAGCUCCUUGUGCGGCGCACUUGCGCUACGCGUUCGUCAUCCCUAGAUGUGGCAACUACCAGUAUCACCACCCGACCUGUGAGCACGCCCAACCUUCCGGAUAUGCCUCCAGGCUGGAAAGACCGGCUGCGCCGCGAGCCGUUUCAGCGAACCCGGAGCUGGGGCUGGUUUGACAGCGCAACAUGGCACUAUGGCGCUUCUGGCGUGGGUGCGAGCGUGGGAGAGACGAGAGCGAAGCUGUCCGGAUGCGGAGUGUUCACCUUCUACUCCAGAAAGUUCACAAACCAGUCGUUGAACAGGGCGCUUGAGGAACGCCAGAGGCUGAACCUCACAGGCGAUGGGCUAUGGACCGGUGGGGGAGACGACACUAACAGGACCGAGGCUUUGACACAACUUCGGAGACGAAGGAGAUUUCACCACAUGGAGCAUGCAAGCCAAGAAGAGGCCCAUCUAAUGAAGAAAGACAUCGAGAUGUCCCUAGAAACACUUCUGCAAGACGACAGUCGCUGUUCGGGGACCGACUGGGCGCUGAUCAUGAGCGAUAUCGUCCGAAGGACGACUAGUGUGUUGAGGGACCUUGAGCUGUCACUCGUUUCCACGCCACAAGAUUGGAGUGACAAGCACAGUGUCCGUCGAUGGUUGCACAACGUGAGGGGCAGGAGUCACAUGUUCUUGGUCAACGUUUUGCAAUAUCCAGAGACAGAAGACUUGUCAGUGUGGUCAACGCACUCAGCCCUGUUCAACAAAACCUACGGCCUCUGUCGGUCCAGAUACACAGCUCUACUAGAAGAGGACACUGUUCUCCCCGUCACUGAAGAGGCAGAACAGAAGUGGGCGAUAGAGGAGACAUUCGGCACGAUAUGCUUGGUUCAGCUUCACGUCGGUUUUGGGAUGGAGCGGAGGUGGAGAGAAACCUUUGGUGGCUCUUCUACCAAGCGCUCUGAAUCGCUCCCAGCGUUACGAGACCAGGCUCGGGUCUGGAGUGAGCAGCUUUCUGAGCUGACUGCCUGGCUAGGGUGGGAGGACAGUAACAUCGGUUGCAAAGACGUUUGCGCUGCCAACGAGCGCUGUUACAUCCCCAUGUGGCCGAUCACUCGGCCUUCUGAUUCGGCCAGUUCUCCGAGAUCGGUCAAGGCAUCCCGUAGGCCAUGGAUUCACACGGAUGAAAGGGACUUGUGGGAGCCAAAAUGUGUGAGCGAAGUUUGCAUAGAGGGUCUGUGUGAUUUGUAA